AUGGAGAGGAUCCUGUCUUACGAAAGAGUAUAUACAGUGUUAGCGGAGGCAGGUAUGAGGCAAAUUGAUGUGGGAAACGAUAUCUGUGGAAAAUCCAAGGAUCAAAAACGCAUCAAGAUACUUACCAUUCUCUUACUCCUGGAGAAGCUUCAAUAUAUUGUCGAAUUUCUUCAACAUGAGAUUUUCGACAACCAGCUACCACUACAGCGUAACUCAGAACUAUUUGGCAACUGGAGAAGGCCAGACAUCGAUAACUUCCUCGACCGGCAAUACGUUGUGCUUGCCCCUGUGCUAGACUUUACUACCAUGGACCACAAAUCCUUCCCACAUGGAACUCCAAUGCCUUUUCUAAUACCAUUAGAAUGGACCAGUCAGGGACGUCAUGGACAAGUAUGCAAGGUUAAAAUCCAUGACCAACACCAGGAAUGGGGCCAACGUUCUGCAUCCAAAGCACGCGACUCUUGCUAUGCUAUCAAAAGGUUCCACAUGGAGGCGAACGGUAAAUUCGAAGGAGAGAGGCAGGCCCUGAUAAGAUUCAGCGGGCCAAAGGGGAAGCACGACAACUUGAUUGAACUUUUGCUGUCAUAUGGCAUAAAUGACAAUCAGUAUCUGAUAUUUCCUUGGGCCGACGGGGACCUUAAAGAUUACUGGUCGAGAACCCAGAAUGAUCCUACAUCACUACAGCACGCACAACGACUCAUUGGACAAUGUCUGGGCUUGGCCAAGGGACUAUGUCAAGUGCACCAUUACCACAAUUUCUCAGGCUUGCACACUUCCGGGGCAGAAACACCAUCCACCAAGAGUCGAAACAAAGGCCGACACGGAGAUAUCAAGCCCAAAAACAUCCUAUAUUUUGCAGAUGACAAAGGUGGACCUGAGCGCUUAGUGAUUGCAGAUUUUACACUCAUGCGUUUUCACUCUGAUGCAACAACGAGCUUUACUUACGCGAAUCAGGUGGGCUUCUCUCCAACAUAUCGUCCUCCUGAAGUCGAUGAGCGCAUAGGGGCUAUAGUGAGCCAGAAGUACGACAUCUGGACCUUGGGCUGCGUCUACUUGGAAUUUGUUACAUGGCAUUUGCUAGGUUGUGACGCUGUUUAUCGAAGGUCAUUCCAGACAGCUGAUGAGAAAAGGUUCGAAAGCUUCAGCACCGUGAGACAGACUGACGAUGACAAGCGACGCGGCAUGAAAGAAGACAAGUUCUUCAACAGCACUAGAUCGGGUCAGGUACUGAAGCCUUCAGUAAAAAGGUGGAUCAAAUUCUUAUACUGGCAUCCUAAUUGCUCUCCAGCCAUACGGGCUUUUCUGGAUCUCAUCAAGGGGCAUAUGUUGCUACCCAACCCCACAAAACGUUACACAAUAGACAACGUUCGAUGCGAGCUGGGAAGAAUCAAUGCCGAUUGCGAGAGCCUUGAUAAGUAUGCCACCCCCAUUGAGCGAAACCGUUGGUUCUACUUGGGGAGAAAUACGUCUCCGCCUCUGUUCUCAGAGAAAAGCAUGUAUGGCACAAUUUCAGAAGGGUUUCUCACGACAUGUGAUACUCUCCUGGCUAGUCAACUAAGCUCGGAUCAAGACGUUAUAGAAAACGCAUUCAAAAAAUCCCCCAAGGACAUGAUUCCGGGUCUGGAAUACGAAGAAAGUGGCCCCAGUGGACGAUCCACGAGUCAACAUCCCCCGAUACCUCAGGAUUUUAUGUCAAGGCGGCAAACAUCAAAUAAGAAAGUGACAGGCGAGAGUUUCGACGCCCAUGACUUCCAGGCCGUUGAAAGUGAACCAAGGAGGCGCCUUGAUACUUGGCAAAGAAGGGCGAGGAAAAUACGGACUAUGAUACUAGAAAAGCCCUAA